AUGCUUAAACCGAACAACGAGAGGAGAUUGUCCUUGAGGUACAAUCCCUGGAGUAUUCCAGAGACCGAGGAGGUGCCCAACACCAGGAGCAACCAACACCGCAGAAGCCUCUGCUCCAUCGGAGCCCGUACUGGCUCUCAGGCCAGCAUCUCAACACAGUGGACUGUGGGCAACUACAAUUACUACAUUGAGGAAGAUGAGGACGGAGGGGAGGAGGGAGAGUAUUGGAAGGAUGACCUUGACGAGGAAAACCAGUCUCCGGAGUGUCCCACGGCCCUGCUGGAUGGCCAUACUGACACUCCGGUCCAGUUGUCCACGCUGAAAGUGAACGUGGGCGGCCACAGCUACCAGCUGGAAUGCUGCGAGCUAGCCAACUACCCCAAAACGCGUCUGGGCCGCCUGGCCACCUCCACCAGCCGCAGCCGGCAGCUGGGCCUGUGCGACGAUUACGAGGCACAGACGGACGAGUACUUCUUUGACCGCGACCCUGCAGUCUUCCAGCUCAUCUAUAACUUCUACUUAUCAGGGGUGCUGCUGGUGCGAGAUGAGCUGUGUCCCCGCAACUUCCUGGAGGAGCUGGGCUACUGGGGCGUGAGGCUCAAGUACACACCGCGCUGUUGUCGCAUCUGCUUCGAGGAGCGGAGGGACGAACUGAGCGAGCAGCUUAAGAUCCAGCGGGAGCUGCGCGCACAGGCGCAGGCCGAGGAGGCGGAGGAGCUCUUCAGGGACAUGCGCUUCUAUGGGCCGCAGCGUCAGCGCCUCUGGAACCUCAUGGAGAAGCCCUUUUCCUCGGUGGCGGCCAAGGUCAUGGGGGUGGCCUCCAACCUGUUCGUGCUCAUCUCCGUGGUGGCCCUGGCACUCAAUACAGUGGAGGAGAUGCAGCACGAAGCUGAGCAGGGCACAGGUGGCGGGGACCCGAGGCCCAUUCUGGAGCACGUGGAGAUGCUGUGUGUGGCCUUCUUCACGCUGGAGUUUCUACUGCGCCUCGCCUCGACCCCCAACCUGCGACGCUUCGCACGCAGCGCCCUCAACCUGGUGGACCUGGUGGCCAUUAUGCCCUUCUACCUGCAGCUGCUGCUCGAGUGCUUCACGAGCGAGGACCAGAGGGAUGGCAAGGGUUCCCCGCGGGAACAUGACCUGGAGACUGUGGGGCGCGUGGGGAAGGUGGGCCAGGUGCUGCGGCUCAUGCGGCUCAUGCGCAUCUUCCGCAUCCUCAAGCUGGCCCGCCACUCCACCGGGCUGCGCGCCUUUGGCUUCACGCUGCGCCAGUGCUACCAGCAGGUGGGCUGCCUGAUGCUCUUCAUCACAAUGGGCAUCUUCUCCUUCUCGGCAGCUGUCUACUCUGUAGAGCACGAUGUGCCUGGCACCAACUUCACCAGCAUCCUCCAGGCCUGGUGGUGGGCCGCGGUAAGCAUUUCCACGGUGGGCUAUGGAGACAUGUACCCAGAGACCCACCUGGGCAGACUUUUUGCCUUCCUCUGCAUCGCGUUCGGGAUUAUUCUCAACGGGAUGCCCAUUUCCAUCCUCUACAACAAGUUCUCCGAUUACUACAGCAAGCUCAAAGCCUACGAGUACACGGCCAUCCGCAGGGAGCGGGGAAAGGUGAACUUUGUGCAGAGAGCCACGAAGAAGAUGGCGGAAUGUUUAUCGGGAAGCAACACACAGCCCACCACAAGGCAAGAGAACUAA